GCGGUCAGUGAUGGCGGGCGGGCGGCGGGCGGUGGCGGUGGCGCUGCUGGCGCUGGGCUCGGUGCUGCUGGCGCUGGCGGCCGCCGUCCUGCUCCGCGCCUUCGUGCUGCGAGCCCCGGCCGGGCUCCCGCGGCUCUGGGCACGGAGCGCCGGCACCGCCGCCCUCAGCGCGGGCGAGCGGCGGGAGCUGAAGGAGGCGCUGCGAGGGGCCAUUAAAAUCCCAACUGUGUCCAGGUCUCCAGAGGAUUUGAAUACAACUGCCAUGGCAGAAUUUGGGAGUUACAUUCAGAAAGUCUUCCCGGCUGUAUUUUCUUCCAAGUUCAUCCACCAUGAAAUGGUUGGGAAAUACAGCCACCUGUUUACAGUCGAGGGCUCUGCCCCUGGCCUGCUGCCCUACAUGCUGCUGGCACACAUGGAUGUGGUGCCUGCUGCCCCCGAGGGCUGGGAUUUCCCUCCCUUCUCAGCUGCAGAGCACGAAGGUUUCAUCUACGGACGAGGAGCGCUGGAUAACAAAAACUCUGCCAUUGGCAUUCUGCAAGCUCUGGAAUUCCUGCUGAGGAGGAAUUACAGACCCCGCCGCUCCUUCUAUGUUGGCAUUGGCCACGACGAGGAGGUGUCUGGGCUGAAGGGAGCAAAGAAAAUUGCAGCUCUGCUGGAAGCCAGAGGAGUGGAACUCUCCUUCCUGCUGGAUGAGGGGAGCGCGGUGCUGGACGGCAUCAUUGCAGGGGUGAAGAAGCCAGUGGCUAUGAUUGCUGUCACAGAAAAAGGUUCAAUGACACUGAACUUCACUGUGGAAAAGGAGCCAAGGCAUUCAUCCUUUCCUCCUAAGGAGACAAGUAUUGGCAUUCUGGCAGCAGCCAUGGCCAGGCUGGAGCAGAAUCCCUUGCGCAACCUGUUUGGCUACGGCCCAGAGGUCAUGACUAUGGAGCACCUGGCAGCAGAGUUCAAGUUUCCUCUCAACAUCAUCAUGAGCAAUUUGUGGCUGUUCUCACCUAUUGUCAGCAGAGUCCUUGCCUGGAAAUCUUCCACCAACGCCUUGAUCCGAACGACCACUGCAGUCACCCUGUUUAAUGCAGGAAUCAAGGUGAAUGUCAUCCCUUCCUCUGCGAGAGCCACGGUGAACUUCAGGAUCCACUCAGCUGAGACAGCUGCUGAGGUGCUGGAGGCAGUCAGGAACACCAUUGCUGAUGACAGAGUGAAGAUUGAUGUGGUGGAGGCCUUUGACCCCCUGCCCAUCAGUCCUUGGGAUGAGCAGGCAUUUGCAGUCCAUAUUUUUCAAAGAACCAUCCUGGACACUUUCCCAGAUGUUGACAGUGUGGUCCCAGGCACGUGCAUUGGAAACACGGACAGCAGGCACUUCACCAACGUCACCAAGGCCAUUUACAGGUUCAACCCUGUGCUCCUGAACCAGGAUGAUCUCCCCAGGAUCCAUGGGUUGAAUGAGAGAAUCUCCAUUGAGAAUUACGAGAAACAGGUGGAGUUCCUCUUUCAGCUGAUCAAGAACUGUGACAUUGAGACACUUCCAGAGCCCCACGCCAACUCCCACGAGCUCUGAGAGACUUCUGGGAAGAGCAGCUGCAGGUGGACUCUGGGACAGGGGGCUGAAGAUGCAGUUUUGUCUUGUGUAUUGAGCUACAGCUGCAAUUUGGGGUUUUUUAUAUUGUGGUUUGCAUACAGAUGGGAAAAGUGCUGGUUGUGUGAUAGGAACCUGGCCAAACCCCACAAACAACCCUGAUUUCUGCUCUCCGUGGUCUGAUGUGCAGCCAUUAAUCUGACACUAAUCUUUUUCAGCACUUAAAGCCUCUGAAAUUGGUAAUCACUAAAAAUCUAAGCUAUAAUCAGCAGUCACUCCCCACUGGAAGGUGACUCAGCCUGUGAGCUUCUGACCAACUCCUUUUUUAUGGUGAAUGGAUCUUUCUCAGGUGAGGACUGUGCCAGGAGCUCUUGGGGAGGGUUUGUGGUGUGCUGAAAGGGUUCCUGUCUCUGGUGCAGCCACACUGAGAGGUUCUUGCACUGCUGCUGGGCACUGCUGCUUCCCAGGGGCUUUUCCCAGGGGAUUCUCCCAAGCUGCUUCCCAGGGGAUGAUCCCUGGUACUCUGAGCCAGGGUCAGUGUUCACUCCCAUGGCUGCACUGACUCCUCACUCUAUUCCAGGUACUCCAGGACUUCCAUGUUGUUGUAACUGAGGAGGUGCUGCAAACUUUCCUUCCCAUCGUUUUGGUGAUGAUUUUUUUCCCUCCCUGACUCAUGGUGUGGCUCAGGGCGUGUUGUGCAACUGGGUGGCAGAAUAAGGGAUUGCAGAAUAAGGGAUUCCUUUAAAUAAGGAAUUAAAUCCUUGUCUGCUCAUCUCUUUUCUCACUGAAUCACUUUAUGCUUCCCCUUUGCUCUUCUGAGAACUUAAUUGUGAAGAAUGUGAAGCCCUUCAGUUUCUCCCAGUUCAGAGGGCUCAGAGGUUUGUUCCUUCACUGCCAGUGCAAGCAAUUUCCAUUUUCCUGCUCAGUUUUUUGGGAACCCUGGGGAAGGCAGGCCAUGGAUGUUGACUCUGCUUCAUCUUGCACUUCUUGCCUACCUAUGACAGCACUAAAGGGUUCAACAUUCUCUUGGCCUUGGCAGUUGGGGUUACCAGUAUUAAUUAGACAAAUAAUUUAUUUAAUCAGUUAAUUAAAUUAAUUCUAUCAAUAAAUAGUUAACAAAGUGAUGCUAGCCAAAGAAAAGCCUGAAAGCUGCUGUGACAGUGCCAGUGCCUGUGCUGCAGGAUCAGUGCAGCUCCUCCUGCUGCACUGAUGUGUCUGUUUUUCAGGGCUUAAAUUAUGCACUGGAAUGGGUGGAUGUUCUGCUCUAAAUUCAUACUGUGAAAUGUGCUGGAAUGUACAGGAAAUACUCUGAAAUGUAUCCUGAAAAACACUGAUGGAACUGUGAUUCCAAUACUUUCCAUCCACCGUUCUCUUAUUUAUUUGUAGUCUGAUCUUAUCACUGUGGCCAGAGGGCUCCAACUGUAUCACUGAAUAAUUGAAACAAAACUGACAGUUUCAUCUAAUAAAACAAGGAAUGUGAA